ACGGGGAGCCGUUGAGUCAGUCAGCUGAGGGAGGAACUCCGGCAACAGAAAGUCAACCAGGAAACCGAAGCUACUAAACUGACACGCCGCCUCGGUUCGACGGCUUAACGGCGGUUAAGAAUCACACCGUCUAACAUUACAGUAUUCGUUCUUUUUAUAUUUCAGUCGAUACAAAGCAGCAAAAAUGGCUUCCCUUUUCAAGAAGAAGACUGUCGAUGACAUAAUCAAGGAACAGUCCAAGGAGCUGCGUGGCACUCAGAGACAGAUCACCAGGGACCGAACAGCGCUGGAGAAACAAGAGAAACAAAUGGAGGCUGAAAUCAAGAAAAUGGCCAAAAGUGGUAACAGGGAGGCAUGUAAGAUUCUCGCCAAGCAGCUGGUCCAGCUGAGGAAGCAGAAGAACCGCACGUACGCCGUCAGCUCCAAGGUCACCUCCAUGUCCACGCAGACGAAGGUCAUGAACUCCCAAAUGAAGAUGGCCGGCGCCAUGUCCACCUCAGCAAAGACAAUGCAGGCCGUAAACAAGAAGAUGGAUCCACAGAAGACCUUGAAGACCAUGCAGGACUUCCAGAAGGAGAACAUGAAGAUGGGCAUGACCGAGGAUAUGAUCAACGACACUUUAGAUGAAAUCUUUGAUGCGUCUGGGGAUGAAGAGGAAUCUGAGGACAUUGUGAACCAGGUUCUGGAUGAGAUCGGCAUUGAGAUCAGUGGAAAGAUGGUGAGAGCUCCAGCUGCAGGGAAGAGCCUCCCCAGUGCCGCCUCCUCCAAACAGGCCACCAUCUCCGACGACGAGAUAGAGAGACAGCUCCGAGCUCUGGGAGUGGACUAAUUGUCCCCGCUGCAUUAGUGCUCACAUUAUACACCUGUGACAUUAAUCCUUAUCAAUACAGACCUUUAGGCGCACGUUGAGACAUUCUAAGACAUGCAGGCAGACAAGUUUAUUAACGCAUAACCUUUCAGAUCAAUAGGGCAGAACACCUGAUCUAUUAAUGCAGACAUAUAUAUAUAUAUAUAUAUAUAUAUAUAUAUAUAUAUUAAACAAACUGGAGUGGCAACAUCCUAAAGGUUGAGCAGAAAUAGAUGUUUGACUUAAAGUGUUCUGUUUACUGUAAUACCCCUCUCCAUCACUCCCAAGGGCUACAGCGUGGACAACACGCAACUGGCUUUUCCUUCCUUAUCUGUGAGCCAUAUAAUCUCCCAGUUUACACCUGGCUGAAGAUGGAUGGUCUUUCCCCAGCACGUUAUAAUAAGUAAAACAACACAAUUAAAAAGAGCUUAGGUGUCGUCAGUAAGCAGAUGGAACUUGUAUUCGGCGACUCGCGUUAUCCUCUUCUUAAUGUGCACGUUGUUUGGGUAAAAUGUGCCCGGCUUCAGUGGGACACAGUUGUUGUCCCACUGAAGUGAGAGGGAUAAAAAGCCUCAAAAACUGUGCACGUCCUCUACAAAUAUGAAGCAUCUGUUCUACUAGCUGAUUAUUGAUCCAUUUUUGUAAAACCCUCAGCUACCAUAGUUACCAGAGAUGACCUAACUGAGAAAUAUGCAUGUAAAGUGUAUGACUAGGGUAAAGUUUUUCACUUACAUAAUGGAACAUUAUUAUCAUAAUGCAUGGAAGGGUGAGAUGGACUUAUCUGAGAGCAAGCCUUUAAUUUAAUUUGCAAAGAUGUGCUGCUGUACAGAUAAUGUGGGAAACCUUAAUCAAACACAAUUUAGGACUUAUAUAGGACUGGCAAAUCAAAGAGAUUCAAAUCGGUGGUUUGAUGCUACUUAGUGAUCAAAUUAGUAAUUUUUGUUUUCGGUUAUUAUUUUUGGUGAGUGUUUCUUCUAUUGGACAUGGGGUUCACAGUGAUUAUGGGAUAGUACUGAUCCUGCGGUCCCUCCUCUCUUUCAGCUGCUGUGCAGUUACUGUCAUAUAUUAUUUAAGCUGCUUCUCAUUCUUUCUCACACAGACACAAACACACUACCCUAUACCAUUAAAAUGGCAGAAGAGUUUUCUACAAUUACACUGUGAUCCGAGAGACGUUUUCUCUCUGGCUCUCCUCUGCAUUGAUUUGUUGAGCGUCAAGAGAAAGAAACUCAUGUGUGAAGUGACAUCGACUCUAUGUCUGUCUUUCUGGCCUAUUUCUUACCACAUUGACCUCCAUUGCAAAAACAAUUUGCAUGCAUCUGACGUGUGCAAUACACAAAUCAUUCAUUUUUCUUUUGUAAAUCAUUAUUUCCCCUUUUUAACAUCUUUUGUUUUUUGUGAUUGUAAGCAGAAAUAAUGUUUUAACAGAUUUAAACAUUGUUUGAGUGCAGUUUAAUGCUUAGGAAAUUUCCACACUUUUUUAAAGGUGUAUGUAUAAUCUAUUUGUUUUGUUAUUGUUAAGUGACUGUAAAAGGUUGAUGGCUUUUAUAAAUGAAUAAAGUUUCUUCAGGUA